AUGAGAAUUUUUUCUUUCUGUUUCUAUCAGUCUAUCUAUCUAUUUAUCUAUCUAUCUAUCUAUCUAUCUAUAGGGUUAAGCACUAAUAUUAGAGAAACCCAAUCUAUCUAUCUAUCUAUGCAAUACAGCACCAAAUUUGACACAGAAAUUUGGCAUGGACGUACUCCUGGAGAAGUUCCCUUGGUCCGAUUGGAUGAAUUCUCUGAAGAAUUGUUUGCAAGUUACUCGGGACCUGACUUAGGAUUGGCCUGCAAUGAAGUCCAAAAUGGCAAUGAAACAUUCCAUAAAAUUGCUGGUGCCCAUUCCUGGAACAAUAAGGACCAGAGAGCAUAUGGACUCUGCAUCUCUUUGUAUGAUCAGCAUCCAAUUUAUGGCAAGAUGUCAGGUGAUCCGAUUGCCGAUGCCUUUGCAAUAUGUUGCCGAAAAAACAAUGCUGUGAUGCUUAUUGCAGACGGAGUAAACUGGGGUGAAAAAUCACGCUUGGCUGCUCGUUGUGCACUUUAUGGCAGCAUGGAAUACAUUAACCGGCAGUUGUUUACCGAGAAACAACAACCGGCCAACACCCAGGAAGCUCUGGAAUUACUACGAACCUCUAUGGAUGCAGCACACAAUACCAUUCUGAAGAAAGAGGGAGGUCUGACCACUCUUUGUGUCUGUCUUGUGUGCCCAGUUUAUAAUUCUGCUGAUUUUGCUGUUUGCUGUGUUAAUGUUGGGGACAGUUUUGCAUAUGUCUUUAGCAAAAACAAUGGAAUUCGAGAAGUGACUGUAGGUUCUCACGAUGUUGCCUCUGAGCGAGAUAUUCGCGAUGCUGGGGGCGCUAUUGGCCCUGUUGAUGGUGAUAACCCCGAACUACAGAAUCUCACCUGUUCACUAACGUUUGUUAAUAAAGGUGAUGUAGUGUUCUUAACAACUGAUGGCAUAUCUGAUAACUUUGAUCCCGUGGUCACAAAAGUUGCCAUUCCCAAAAAAGACGUUGACAAUAACUCAAAUGAUGCUUCACCCACAACUCCAGAUGCAAAUGAAGACAAACCGAUGAUGGAGCCACGGGAAAGGCACAUAUACGCUCUUAAAGAAAUGGAGCGUAUUGUUCAUGAACACGAAUUAUUAACAGAGGAGACUUGUUCUGCACAAGAACUUUGUGGAGCUCUGGUGCAACAUGUUCUUACCCUCACAGACUCCAAAAGAAAAAUACUUGAGAAUCCAGAAUUGUAUAAGAAGAAAAAAAUGACGUCUAAAGAACGCAAGCGUAGAGACUCACAGAUUGUUGAGCAAAUGUCUAAAGCUCCUGGCAAACUUGAUCAUGCUUCAAUUGUGGCGUAUGAAGUGGGUAUAUGUUGUGAAAACGAGGAGGAUGAAGAGCUUACGAAGGAGGAUCCCGAUUCUGUAAAGGUCAGUACCUCGUCGGUUGGCUGUUCCGACUACUCUUCAUCAUCGAAUCAUGAGGAGGUCAUCUCUUCCCCCAACUCCAUUUCCAUCCCCGUCUUUAAAAAAUCAAGCCCCAAAAAGUUCUUUUCUAAGCUACGCACUUCUGCCGUUACUCCUCCAUCACCUGUGUCAGCUCUCAAUUUCUCAUUACUCUUCCUCCAAAGGAAAAACUCAUCCAAACGUCCUCGAUCAAUGGUGGAAUCAGAACCAAGUACACCUGUCUCUCCCAUUUCUCCAAAUAUAGUUUAUCCUGGCAAUCAGCCCUAUUACUAUCAAACUUUUUCUUAUGAAUCUACUGUUUAA